AUGUCGGAGCCGACGCCGGCCGAGGCCGGUCCCGCUGGGGCCCGGGAGGACGUCUGUCGGGAGUAUCAGUCAUCCCUCGAAGACCUGACCUUCAAUAGCAAACCGUACAUCAAUAUGCUGACCAUUCUAGCCGAGGAGAACCUGCCCUUCGCCAAGGAGAUCGUCUCUUUCAUCGAGGCCCAAGCCGCCAAGGCUCCAUCCUCAGAGAAGCUUCCUGUUAUGUACCUUAUGGAUUCUAUCGUGAAAAACGUUGGGGGAGAGUAUCUCACUGCCUUCACUAAAAAUCUAGUUGCAACGUUUAUUUGUGUGUUUGAAAAGGUGGAUGAAAAUACUAGAAAAAGUUUAUUUAAAUUACGUUCCACGUGGGAUGAGAUAUUCCCAUUGAAGAAACUUUAUGCCCUGGAUGUCAGAGUCAAUUCAGUAGAUCCUGCUUCGCCUAUUCAACCUCUACCUCCCAAUGUGAAUACAUCUAGCAUCCAUGUGAAUCCUAAAUUUUUAAAUAAAUCGCCUGAAGAGCCUUCAGCUGGAAAGAUUCGCCAACCUGGAUGCAAGCAGUCACAUAUGGAAGACUUUAUGCCACCUUCCAGGGAAGGAAGAAAUGCUAAGAGAAGUACUGAACAGGAUGCUCGAGAUCCAAAGCGAAUAAAAAAUACUGAAGAGGAGCGACCGCAAGAAACUACAAGUCAGCAUUCUACAAAGUCAGGCACUGAACCAAAGGAGAAUGUGGAAAUUUGGUCAAAUUCCAAGUCUAACAAAAGAUGGACAUCUGGUUGGGAAGAAAAUAAAAGCUUACAACAAGGUGACGACCAUAGGGAAAGCUGGCCAAGCACUAAAGGAAUUUUGUCACCUCGAGCCCAAAAGCAACAGCAGCGAUUAAGUGUAGAUGCCAAUCGUCAGAUUCCUGAAGAGUUAACUCUUGCAAGCAAAAGAGAAUUACUUCAAAAGACGAGUGAACGUUUAGCAUCUGGUGAAAUUAUACAGGAUGAGUUCCUUGUUGCUGUGCCUCAAAUUCGACAGCUAUUUCAGUAUCAAGAAGGUGUACGAGAAGAGCAGAGGUCACCAUUCAAUGAUCGUUUUCCACUCAAGCGACCUAGAUGUGAAGAUGCAGAUAAACCAUUUGUAGAUAACCCAGCAUCACGAUUCGCUGGCCUUGAUACAAGUCAGCAACUUACAGCGUUAGCUGAAGACAGACCAUUAUUUGAUGGACCGAGUAGGCCAUCAGUAACAAGAGAUGGCCCAACCAAGAUGAUUUUUGAAGGACCUAAUGAAUUAAGCCCUAGAAUUGAUGGACCUCCUGCACCAGGUUCUCUUCGAUUUGAUGGGUCACCUGGACAAAUGGGGGGAGGUGGUCCUUUGAGAUUUGAAGGACCACAAGGUCAGCUAGGAGGCGGGUGUCUUUUGAGAUUUGAAGGUCCUCCAGGACCAGUAGGGACACCUUUGCGGUUUGAAAGGCCAAUUGGUCAAGCAGGCGGAGGUGGUUUUCGGUUUGAAGGUCCCCCUGGUCUGAGGUUUGGGGGACCUGCAGGUGGUCUAAGAUUUGAAGGACCACGGGGCCAGCCUGUGGGUGGGCUCAGGUUUGAGGGACAUCGGGGUCAAACUGUGGGAGGUCUGAGGUUUGAGGGACCUCAUGGUCAGCCUGUGGGUGGACUUAGAUUUGAUAAUCCCAGAGGUCAGCCUGUAAGUGGACAUAGAUUUGAGAGGGGUCAUGGUCCAUCAGGAGCUGCAAUUAGGUUUGAUGGACCUCAUGGUCAGCCAGCAGGUGGGAUCAGAUUUGAGGGCCCUUUGCUACAGCAGGGAGUUGGAAUGAGGUUUGAGGGCCCCCAUGGUCAGUCAGUAGCUGGUCUGAGGUUUGAAGGAAAACAUAAUCAAUUUGGUGGAAACCCUAGGUUUGAGGGUCCACAUGGUCAACCAGGUGUUGGGAUCAGGUUUGAGGGACCUUUAUUCCAACAAGGAGGUGGAAUGAGGUUUGAAGGUCCUGUACCAAGAGGUGGACUGAGAAUUGAAGGGCCUCAGGGUCAAGGUGGUCCAAGAUUUAAAGGUUGUCAUGCUAUCAGGUUUGAUGGUCAGCCAGGUCAGCCAUCACUCUUACCAAGAUUUGAUGGAUUACAUGGUCAACCAGGUCCUAGAUUUGAAACAACUGGUCAACCAGGCCCACAGAGAUUUGAUGGACCACCUGGACAGCAGAUUCAACCAAGAUUUGAUGGUGUUCCUCAAAGAUUUGAUGGUCCACAACACCAGCGAGCAUCAAGGUUUGAUAUUCCCCUUGGUCUUCAAGGUGCACGAUUUGACAAUCAUCCUUCACAAAGGCUUGAAUCCGUUUCUUUCAGUCAGACUGGCCCAUAUCAUGAGCCACUUGGCAAUGCUUUUAAUGCCCCAUCCCAAGGACUGCAAUUCCAAAGACACGAACAAAUAUCUGACUCACCUCAAGGACCCAAUUUUAAUGGACCACAUGGCCCUGGGAACCAGAGUUUCUCAAAUCCCCUUAGCAGAGCUUCUGGACACUAUUUUGAUGAAAAGAAUCUUCAAAGUCCUCAAUUUGGAAACUUUGGCAAUUUACCUGCUCCGAUAACAGUAGGAAACAUUCAGGCAUCUCAACAGGUUCUGACUGGUGUUGCUCAGCCAGUACCAUUUGGCCAGGGACAACAAUUUUUACCAGUUCAUCCACAAAAUCCUGGAGCAUUUGUUCAGAAUCCUUCAGGAGCCCUUCCUAAGGCAUAUCCUGAUAAUCACCUCAGUCAGGUGGAUGUCAAUGAAUUAUUUUCAAAACUGCGAAAAACAGGAAUUCUCAAAUUGUCCCAGCCUGAUUCAGCUACAACACAAGUAAAUGAAGUUGUUGCUCAGUCUCCCACUGAAGAGGAGGAAGAUCAAAAUGAAGAUCGAGAUAUUCCAGAUCUUACCAAUUUUACAACUGAAGAGUUAAAACAACGUUAUGAUAGUGUUAUAAAUCUACUGUACACUGGUAUUCAGUGUUACUCUUGUGGAAUGAGGUUUACAACAUCACAGGCAGGUGUAUAUGCAGAUCACUUGGACUGGCAUUAUCGGCAAAAUAGAACUGAAAAAGACGUUAGCAGAAAAGUUACUCAUAGACAUUGGUACUACAGUUUAACAGACUGGAUAGAAUUUGAGGAAGUAGCUGAUUUGAAAGAACGUGCAAAGAGCCAGUUUUUUGAAAAGGUGCAUGAAGAAGUUGUGCUCAAAACUCAGGAAGCUGCUAAAGAAAAGGAGUUCCAAAGUGUACCGGCAGGGCCAGCUGGAGCAGAAGAGAGUUGUGAAAUCUGUCAAGAACAAUUUGAACAAUACUGGGAUGAAGAAGAGGAGGAGUGGCAUUUAAAGAAUGCCAUUAGAGUGGAUGGAAAGAUUUAUCAUCCAUCAUGUUAUGAAGAUGAUCAAAAUACAUCGUCAUUUGAUUGUACACCAUCUCCCAGCAAGACACCAGUUGAAAACCCUUUGAACAUUAUGUUGAACGUUGUCAAAAAUGAAUUGCAGGAACCCUGUGAAAGUUCCAAAGUUAAGGAAGAACAAAUUGACACCCCACCAGCUUGUACAGAGGAGAGCAUAGCAACACCCAUUGAGUGGAGAAGAGCCUCUCGGAGCUGCUCCCGAGACAUGGGCUUUACCCGUAGGAGGGUGGCGUGGGCACCUAGUGGGAGGCCAUCAGCAAGUGCCCAGCCUGUCUGUGACUCUCAACAUCAGUUCUCUUCCUCUCCACGGCAAAGGUGCGAACUGCCCAGUCACGUGGCCUGA